UUGAAAGGCUGGCUUUUAUUUUUUUUAGGAUUCCUAAUUGCAACUCAAAAGUGACGUCAUCGUUUGUGCAGCUGGUGAAGGGGAGCUUUUGGCCUUCUGUCGUUCUUACUGCCACGUUUAAAAACCGAUUCAUAACAAGGUACUCCAAAACAAAAUGAAUGUUGGCGUAGCGCACAGUGAGGUGAACCCCAACACUCGGGUCAUGAACAGUCGAGGGAUCUGGCUCACCUAUGCCCUCGGUGUUGGAAUGCUUCACAUUGUGCUCUUGAGCAUACCCUUCUUCAGUGUACCUGUGGUGUGGACUCUCACAAAUGUUAUACACAAUUUUGGGAUGUAUGUCUUCAUGCAUGCAGUGAAAGGCACUCCGUUUGAGACCCCAGACCAAGGCAAAGCCCGGCUUCUGACACAUUGGGAACAGUUGGACUACGGCGUGCAGUUCACAUCAUCCAGAAAAUUCUUCACCAUCUCCCCAAUCAUUUUAUAUUUUCUUGCAAGUUUCUACACGAAGUACGACACUACACACUUUGUCAUAAACACUGCCUCCCUUUUGAGUGUGCUGAUCCCCAAAUUGCCACAACUACACGGAGUCCGCAUCUUUGGCAUCAACAAGUAUUAAGCUGAGUGUUGAGAGUCAGUGGUGUGACAAACUCUCAAAGGAGCUAUUGGUUCAUAGCAAGAUGAAUAGUUAACCCUAUUUACUCUGUACCACUGGAGUUUGUACUGAGCAGUUUUGUACGGUAUGUGUAAUUGUCACUCAUUGUUUAGAUACGCCAGGUUAAACUAUAGUGGGAGACUUGGAGAGCGACGAUAAUUCCAUGUGCAUUACUAACUUAAGUAAAUAUUUAAUUAUUAUUAUUUUUAAUCUACAUAGACCUGGGCUGGCCCAUGUUUAAAAAGUGGAGCUUUUUUUGUUCUGAUUUUGUUUGCCCUCACUUCACACAGUGACAACGAUUGCGUUCCUCCUUGUUACAAUAAAUGUUUCUCAUCGUAACUGAAAGCCUUGGAAAUAUCAGAUGCAUUUUUAAAGAUCAUUUCUCCAUAAAAGUAGGAGCCUAUGGUUCAAUGUUUGACACUUAUUUUUUUAGAUGGGUUAUCAUUGCUGAAAAGAACUGAACAAUAUGAAAUACAUUGUGUAUGAUUUCCUUGGUAUAUGAAUAAUUUCUCAUUGUUACUCGGUUAUAUAGGGCAGGCAUUUUUUUUCAGUGUAUAUAGUUGUAUGUAUAGGUUAAUGUCUUUCUUGAUUUUUCAUAAGAUGUGUUGUCAGAUGAAAGUGUUUACUGAGACGGGUCUACGGUUUGCCUAUGUACCUAUAUUCAUGUAGCUGUACUUGUUUAGGAGAUCUCCUGAAUGGUAUUACCAAGGCAGCUAGUCCUGUUCUGUUUGGUCAUGGCUUAUCCACGGUAUUCUUGGAGCUUUGUCAGCCCCUGUAUCUAACAUCAUUAAAACAUUUGUGCCCUUAAAAGCUGUGUGUAUGUCUUAACUGGCUAAAUUUAUUGAGGGAAAUGGAUGGAAACCCAUAUUUUGACAUGCACUGACUACAGUGGGAGAUGAGCAUAAAAACAAGCUGUGAAUGCUUUUAAGUGAUGUCACAGUGACAAAAGCUUUGUUUAAAAUGAAAUGCAAUAAAGUAAAACAAUUUAUGUAAU